AUGAGUACCGGAGAAACUUUUGAUUCCAUUCCGACUGAUCUCUUUAACGAGAUAUUCUCAAGGUUGCCUGCAAAGUCCAUAUCUAGGUUUCUCUGCGUGUCGAAACUAUGGGGGUCCAUGCUUAGGAGUCCAUCUUUCACCGAACUGUUCUUGACCAGAUCAUGGGCUCGUCCACGUCUCUUAUUCGCCAUCAAACAACCCAGUGAAUGGCGCUUCUUCUCGUCGCCUCAGAAUCCAUAUGAUGAUGACACUUCAUCUCUUGAAGUAGCCGCCACCGAUUGUCAUGUGGACUUCCCUGGGACUGGAAAAAUGAGUUGGAGGGAGAUCUCAUGUCCCUUAGAGUUAGAGCUUCUUCCUAUUAAUAAAGGGAUAUGCAUCAAUGGGGUUUUGUAUUACUUAGCUAAACGAUUGGAAGAAACAGAUUUUGUUGUAGUUUGCUUUGAUGUUAGGUCUGAGAAAUUCAAGUUUGUUGAUGCAAGCUGCUUUAAUCAUCAAGCUCGUGUUACAUUGGUAAACUAUAAGGGUAAAUUAGGUGGUAUUUAUUGGUUGUAUGAAGCCAACGGUGGAAUAACCAAUGUCCAAUUGUGUGUGUGGAUUCUAGAGGAUGUCAAAAAACAUGAAUGGUCGAAUCAUGUCUAUACUUUUGGUGAUGGUGAUCUCGGCGGUGCGAAAUUUGAUUGCGUCAUUGGAGUGACGAGUACAGGUGAAAUUGUUUCUUCGGAUGAUAGUGAACCAAUCAGAGUUUUAUACUUCAAUCCUGAAAGGAACACUGUUAAGAUUGUCCGAAUCCAAGGUAUCCGAAUCCAAGGUUUUGAGUAUGGUAGUCUUGUUCACGCUUUUGUAGACCAUGUGGAAGAUCUUAAUGCUAACAAUGCAGAGCCACUCAAGUCAAGGCUAAACAUCAUUGAGAAAAGGCCAUCAAAACCACAACAACAAGGUCGUCGUGCAUCAUCAGGAAAACAAUUAGGCAUAUGCAAACUUGCUCCAUCUACAAGUUUCAUGCAGAACUCGUACGAUUUAUUAGCUAACCUAGAGUGA